AUGUCCGUCACCCCCAUCACCUCCAAGGCUCAGUUCGACGAGAUCAUCAAGAAGGACAAGCCUGUUUUCAUUGACUUCUGGGCGACGUGGUGCGGCCCGUGCCGCAUGAUCUCGCCCUUCUUUGAGAAGCUCGCCGGUGAGGUCGAGGGCGCUGAGUUCUACAAGGUCGACGUCGACGACCAGCCCGAGAUCGCGCAGGAGGUUGCCAUCCGCGCCAUGCCCACGUUCAUCGCCUUCAAGGACGGCAAGCAGGUUGGCGAGUUUGUCGGCGCGCACAAGAACAAGCUCGAGGAGCUCAUCAAGUCGAACAUCUAA